AUGCCCCCCACCCGCACCCCCUGUGGUACAUAUGCCCCCCACCCGCAGCCCCCUGUGGUACAUAUGCCCCCCACCCGCACCCCCUGUGGUACAUAUGCCCCCCACCCGCACCCCUAUGUGCCCCCUGUGGUACAUAUGCCCCCCACCCGCUCCCCUCUGUGGUUCAUAUGCCCCCCCACCCGCUCCCCUCUGUGGUUCAUAUGCCCCCCCACCCGCUCCCCUCUGUGGUUCAUAUGCCCCCCACCCGCUCCCCUCUGUGGUUCAUAUGCCCCCCACACUCGCACCCCUCUGUGGUUCAAAUGCCCCCCCACCCGCUCCCCUCUGUGGUUCAUAUGCUCCCCCACCUGCACCCCUCUGUGCCCUGUACCCUUCCCACACCGCAGCCCUGCACCCUUCCCACACCCAGCCCUGUACCCUUCCCACACUCAGCCCUGUACCCUUCCCACACCGCAGCCCUGUACCCUUCCCACACCCAGCCCUGUACCCUUCCCACACCGCAGGCCUGUACCCUUCCCACACCGCAGCCCUGUACCCUUCCCACACCCAGCCCUGUACCCUUCCCACACCCAGCCCUGUACCCUUCCCACACCCAGCCCUGUCCCCUUCCCACACCCAGCCCUGUACCCUUCCCACACCCAGCCCUGUACCCUUCCCUGUACCCAGCCCUGUACCCUUCCCACACCCAGCCCUGUACCCUUCCCACACCCAGCCCUGCACCCUUCCCACACCCAGCCCUGUACCCUUCCCACACCCAGCCCUGCACCCUUCCCACACCGCAGCCCUGUACCCUUCCCACACCGCAGCCCUGUACCCUUCCCACACCCAGCCCUGUACCCUUCCCACACCCCAGCCCUGUACCCUUCCCACACCACAGCCCUGUACCCUUCCCACACCGCAGCCCUGUACCCUUCCCACACCCAGCCCUGUCCCCUUCCCACACCCAGCCCUGUCCCCUUCCCACACCGCAGCCCUGUACCCUUCCCACACCGCAGCCCUGUACCCUUCCCACACCCAGCCCUGUCCCCUUCCCACACCCAGCCCUGUACCCAUCCCACACCGCAGCCCUGUACCCUUCCCACACCGCAGCCCUGUACCCUUCCCACACCGCAGCCCUGUACCCUUCCCACACCCAGCCCUGUACCCUUCCCACACCGCAGCCCUGUACCCUUCCCACACCGCAGCCCUGUACCCUUCCCACACUGCAGCCCUGUACCCUUCCCACACCGCAGCCCUGCACCCUUCCCACACCGCAGCCCUGUACCCUUCCCUGUACCCAGCCCUGUACCCUUCCCACACCGCAGCCCUGUACCCUUCCCACACUGCAGCCCUGUCCCCUUCCCACACCGCAGCCCUGUACCCUUCCCACACCCAGCCCUGUCCCCUUCCCACACCGCAGCCCUGUACCCUUCCCACACCCAGCCCUGUCCCCUUCCCACACCCAGCCCUGUACCCUUCCCACACCGCAGCCCUGUCCCCUUCCCACACCGCAGCCCUGUACCCUUCCCACACCGCAGCCCUGUACCCUUCCCACACCGCAGCCCUGUACCCUUCCCACACCCAGCCCUGUACCCUUCCCACACCGCAGCCCUGUACCCUUCCCACACCGCAGCCCUGUACCCUUCCCACACCCAGCCCUGUACCCUUCCCACACCGCAGUUUAAACUGAGGGAGAUAAAGUUUAAACUGAGGGGGAUAAAGUUUGAACUGAGGGAGAUAAGCCCCUUUUAG